UCUCAUUGCAAUCUAGUGGAAGAGUGAAUAAGAGAUAUCAAUAUAUUAUGAUAAUGGAGGGAUACAAUAAGAAGGUUAUGAUUGUGGGGAUGGUGUUGGGCAUGGCCAUGAUUGGGAUGGCCAAUGGCCAAUACUCGUUUUGUCGCAUGCCCAGCGAUGGGUUGGCGGCAUGCAAGCCGAGUGUGAGUGGGGACUAUCCUGCUGAUCCCUCCACUGCUUGUUGCUCAGCCAUUGCCAAGGCUGAUCUUAAAUGCUUCUGCCGCUUCAAGGAUUCGGGCCUUCUCUCUAUGUAUGGUGUUGAUCCCAACAAGUGCAUGGAACUCCCUGUUAAGUGCAAGGUUGUCGACUCUUUCCACUGCUAGAUUCAUUAGAGGGGGCACUAAUCAAUAUAAACUACACAAGGGCACUUAAUUAACUAUGUACUCUCGUUGAUUGCCAUUGUUAAUUUUCUAGCUUGUGCCCCUGCUGUUUAUGUUUCUUAUUUUCCAACGUGCUUGUUGCUAAUGUAAUGGAUCGUGGCGUGCUUGUUUUUGUUUGUUGUUGUUGUUGUAACUUGUAAUAGUGUGAUUUGUUUGUUUCUCUACUUUAGUUUUGGCUAAUAUUCCUGUUACGUACGUACAUCUUUAAUUUUGGUUUGUUGUGAAUCAAUGUUCUUGUCAAUUUCUUUUCUUGGAAAGCUCCUUUCAUUUUAAUGGAAAGCAACUUUAACCAGAUCCUUA